AUGUGUUUCCUACACCGCACCUUCUUUCUCUGCCCGCGCUGCGAAGCACGCAUCUAUGAAGGCCCUGUCAGCCGCGAACGCUGCGACGAAGCCCAGUUGAGACGGCGUAUUUGCGCUCUUCUCCAGCCAGGCUCCGACGAUUUACGUGGAGCAGCAGACCUCUGUGAUGAGUGCCGUAACGAUGAUUACAACAACCUUCAUGGGCCUGAGACUCAACCCCGACCUCGACCUCGACCACAGCCUGAGCGGGUAGCAGGUGGCCAUCAGCCACCGUCCGAUGUAUCGGAUGAUCUACCCUUACCCCCUGACAGGCCCGUCAGGCCUCUGGAUGAAGGCAAUUAUCAUCCUCAUCAACGCGAGCCUCGACGUGGGCGUGAGCAACCACCUAGACCCAGACCCAGACCCCAAGAUCAUGGGGCAAAGUACGAUGACGAAACGAUCUCCCUCGAAUCACUGAGCGUCCGUGAUCCACACGAGCGUGACUAUGAGCAUGAGCCCGAACAGCGCGGCAACGACAACAACAACAACAACAACCGCGGUAGACAACAGCGUGGGCGCGAUCACGAGCGUGACCGCGAGCAGGAGUGGGAUCGGCGCAGAAACCCUCCUGUCGUCGAGUCGACGUGGAAACCAUCGAAGAACCACAACCACAACAUCCCCGGCCGUUCCUGGACGGACUCGCAGCCUCCUUCUUAUUACUCAGGAUCGAUCUCGACGGGCCGCAGUCGCGAAGGUCGUGGCCCCUUGGGAAUUAUCCGUACAAGGGAUGAAGAUGGCCAUUCGGAGAUCUCGUUCCCUUUGCUACGGCCGGGGUCCAAAGUCAAGAAGGAUGGGAGUGGGAGGCUCGUGCAAGAGCGGCGGAAAUGGUGA